UAAACCCUCUUAUUCACCGAGUCACAGCUUUCAGAAGAUCUUCUCCAUUCGUGCAUGUGGAGUACUGUGGACCGAGGAAGUAGCCGGAGAGAUGAACGCGAAAUUCCAGCACCAUUGUAAGAGAUGGCUGAGCUGAGCUGAACUGAAUCUGCGACGGCGCCUCUGCACUUUCAUCUGAUUCCGGCGAAUUAGGAGACAGACACAGACGCGUUGUUUUCUGUAGUCGAGCCGGUUUCCCCACGUUGACAAGUGAUCGCGUCAGAUCCGAUCAGGACGACGCCAUGGCCGCCAACCAGGAGGAGCAGGAGCAGGAGCAGCGCCGCCGCCUUAUCGCCGCCGCGACCCGCUUCCCUCUCCCAAGCGGCUGCAGGUUCUCCUAUGGCACGGCGGGCUUCCGCGCCGACGGCGCCACCAUGGCGCCUGCCGUCUGCCGCGCCGGCAUCCUCGCCGCGCUCCGCUCCGUCAAGCUCGCAGGCGCCGCCGUCGGGAUCGUCAUCACCGCCUCCCACAACCCCAUCGGCGACAACGGCGUCAAGAUCGCCGACCCCGACGGCGGCAUGAUGGCCCAGCACUGGGAGCCCUUCGCCGACGCGCUCGCCAACGCCCCCGACCCUGACGCCCUCCUCCAGAUGGUGCUUCAGUUUGCCAAGGACGAGGGCAUUCCAUUGGGAGGGGAAGACACAGCGCAAGUGCUGCUUGGCAGAGAUACCAGACCUACAGGAGCUUACCUCCUCGACGCUGCACUGCAGGGAAUAAAUGCUAUAGUUGGCGCACGCGCAGUCGAUAUGGGAAUUUUGACCACCCCUCAACUGCAUUGGAUGGUCCGGAGCAAAAACAAAGGUGUCAUGGCUUCCGAGUCAUAUUAUUUUAGGCAGCUUAUUGGAUCGUUCAGGCGUAUGUUGGAAUUAGUGCCAAAAGGUAAAGGUGGGGAUGAGGUUGCCAAGAAACUUAUUGUCGAUGGAGCGAAUGGCAUUGGUGGGGUGAAGCUCGAACAAAUAAAGGUGGAGCUUUCAGGCAUAGAUAUUAGUGUGAGGAAUUCGGGCAAGGAAGGAGAAGGGAUACUAAAUCACAUGUGUGGCGCAGACUUUGUUCAAAAGGAGCGAGUUACUCCACAUGGAUUUAACCCUGAAGAUGUUGGUGUCAGGUGUGCAAGUUUGGAUGGUGAUGCUGAUCGACUCGUCUACUUCCGGUUGUCAUCAGCUAGUGACAAUAGGGUUGAUCUUGUUGAUGGAGAUAAGAUACUAUCUCUGUUUGCCCUAUUUAUCAGAGAGCAGCUAGAUAUCGUUAAUAACAAUGGUGGCCAAGCAAACAAGUCAUUGUCUGCAAGGCUUGGAAUAGUUCAGACAGCUUAUGCAAAUGGAGCGUCGACGCUGUUUCUGAAGAGCCUUGGCCUCGAAGUGGUAUUCACUCCUACAGGAGUGAAAUAUCUGCACAAAAGGGCCUUGGAGUAUGACAUUGGUAUAUACUUUGAGGCAAAUGGGCAUGGGACUGUGGUAUUCUCAGAGGAUUUCAUCUCUCAACUAGAGUCAUUAAGCAAUGAGCUCUCCUCUCAAGCUGACAUUGGUUCAGCACAGUACCACGCUGUAAUGAGAUUGUUGGCAGCGAGUCAGCUGAUCAAUCAGGCAGUAGGUGAUGCUCUGAGUGGUUUGCUUUUAGUAGAGGCUAUUUUACAGUAUAAAGGAUGGUCAUUUCAGGAUUGGUGUGGACUGUAUAGUGAUUUGCCCAGUAGACAACUGAAAGUGAAAGUUAAAGAUCGAAGUGUGAUUGUUACAACAGAUGCAGAGACAAAAGUUAGCCAACCUUCUAGUUUGCAAGAAUUGAUAGAUAAGGAGACCGCCAACUACACCCACGGGCGAUGCUUUGUGCGUCCAUCCGGUACAGAAGAUGUGGUACGGGUGUACGCAGAGGCAUCUACGCAGGUAGAAGCUGACGGUCUCGCAAAAUCCGUGGCACACCAUGUGGAACGCCUCCUUGGAUAACAAUUUGCAGCCUUGUUUGCGACUAUUGAGUAGACUACAUCCUCUAAUUUCAUUUCUCUUACAUUUUGACCUGUAACUUAUACAAAACGUGAGUCCAAUUUUUUGAAUUUUGUGAUUGAUAUGCGCUGAACAGAGAUCUUGUAUCGAGACAUGAUACAAGAUAUUUGAACGGGUGUAAAUCAUUCCGUCGCAAUACUCAUUCUUCUUGAUUGGUUGCACUCAUUGUCAUACUGUGCAGUUCCUUGUUUGUUGAUAAAUUUUGAAUUUUGUGA